AUGCUCCGCCUGGCCAGGGGCCGGGUGAGUGCCUUGGCUGGGGGCCGGGAGGGCGGGAAGCAGCCGGAGGGAGCCGAGGCUCAGCCUCCUCUGGUGCUUCUUCCCUCCGAGCCACCCGGGUCCACGGCUGAGCGCAUCCUGCAGCGGGGGAUCUUUGAGAUAGACGGGAGAAGCUGCGACGUGGUGCUGAGCAACAGCGCCUUGAGGUGGAGGCCCAUCCAGCCCGAACGCCCCGCUGCCCAGGCGGCUGGUAAUUCCAAAUGUGACUUCGUGAGUAAAGAAGAAUUUAUUGAGCUCAAAGAUGUAUUCUCUGUGAAACUGAAAAGGCGUCGUUCUGCCAAGCAGCAAAAAGGUGGUACUUUGAUGGGCAUCACACUUUUUCUAUGUAUGAAAAAGGAACGAAAUAAACUGAAGGAUUAUACUCUUAAUCUUAAUAACAUAAGUGAAGACCAUUGUGCCUCAUGGGCUAAACAUUUGAAGGAAAUUUUGACUGAAUUUUCAAACCGACCCAAAUCUUUGAAAGUACUUAUUAACCCACGAAGUCACAAAAAAGAAGCUACCCAUGUCUAUUAUGAACAUGUUGAACCUCUUUUGAAGCUUGCAGAAAUAAAGACUGAUGUCACAAUAACAGAAUAUGAAGGACAUGCCCUAUCACUACUAAAGGAAUGUGAACUUCAAGAAUUUGACGGGAUUAUCUGUGUUGGUGGUGACGGAUCUGCCAGUGAAGUAGCUCAUGGUUUACUUCUUAGAGCCCAGAUGGAUGCUGGGAUAGACACAAAUUAUAUCCUGACACCUGUCAGAACACCACUUCCUCUUGGGAUAAUACCAGCAGGUUCUACCAAUGUACUGGCACAUUCACUUUAUGGGGUCACUCACACAGUGACUGCAACAUUACAUAUCAUAAUGGGGCAUAUGCAACCAGUAGAUGUCUGCACAUUCAGUAGCAGUGGCAAGUUCCUUCGCUUUGGAUUCUCAGCUAUAUUUGGCUUUGGUGGAAAGACCUUGGCUUGGGCAGAAAAACAUCGUUGGAUGUCACCUAAUCAAAGAAAAGACUGUGCUCUAAUUAAGACACUGGCAAGCCUCAAACCUGAAGACUGCGAAAUAUCAUUUUUACCUACAAAAGUUUCACAGGACUCCGAGGAAGCCAGUAGAAAUGAAUAUAGAACUACAGAAUCUGACUGUGAAAAUCAGUGGCAGAAGGUCCAGGGUCAUUUCCUGAACAUCAGUGUCAUGGCAAUCCCUUACUUAUUGGCACCUGGAGCCUUGGUUCCUAAUAACAGGUCAAAUAGUGGAAGUUUGGCUCUUAUUCUUACACGAAAUACUUCUCGACCAGAAUUUGUAAAGCAUCUGAAAAGAUAUGCCAGUUUUAAAAACCAGUUUCAUUUUCCAUUUGUUGAGACCUUCACUGUAACAGAAGUAAAAAUCCUGCCAAGAAAUAACUCUGGGUAUAACACAGGAGAUGUUGAGUUUCAUGGAACAUCUAGAGAAAAUAAUUACCCUUGGAACAUUGAUGGAGAUUUAAUGGAAGUGGCAUCAGAGGUUCAUAUUAAGGUGCACCCACAACUUAUCAAGCUUUUUGGAGGAAGCUGA